AUGGAUUCCGCCAAGCAGCCCGCUAAGCUCGUCAAGGUCACCCGUGUCCUCGGCCGUACCGGAUCCCGUGGUGGUGUCACCCAGGUCCGCGUCGAGUUCAUGGACGACACUUCCCGCAGCAUCAUCCGUAACGUCAAGGGCCCAGUCAAGGUCGACGACAUCCUCUGCCUGCUCGAGUCCGAACGCGAGGCCCGCCGUCUCCGUUAAUUUCCUUUACCAACAACUCCGAGUUUUCGUCAACAUCUUUUUCCCUCUCGAGGCUAUGUACCCUUG